AUGAAGCUAGAAGACAUUUUUAAGGUUGGUCGAGUGUUCCCAAAAAGUAUAGACGAAAUUGGAAGAAAAGAAAAAACUGAUAAUGUGCCGGAAGACAAAAAUAUCUCAGAAGAGAAAAUUGAGUUUGAAGAAAUUGUGACAGAAGUAGGAAAAUAUGGACUAUUUCAGAAACGACUUCUGUAUUAUUUUCUUUUACCUGCUUUUAUACCUAUGAGUUGGGUUACUUUUAACCAGAUCUUUAUCAUGUCAGUCCCUGACCAUUGGUGUUACGUUCCUGAAGUGGCCGAAGCCAACCUCAGUGUCCAACAAAAACUGAUGUUAACUCGGCCAAUGGAAAAUCGACACGGGUUAGAAAUACCCAGUCAGUGUCAAAUGUACACCCUGAAUUACACCCUGGAAUGGAUGGAAAGUUCAAACUCCAAUACUUCUUUCAAAGAUUAUGGUUCAGCCACAAACGUCUCUUCUCAAGCAUGUCAGAACGGUUGGGUUUACGAUAAAACACUCUAUGACUCCACGGCUUCAACUCACUGGGACUUAGUGUGUGAAAAGAAUCACUUUCCUCACAUUGUUUUCACACUAGCCGGUGUAGGGGGAGCUGUUGCAACCUCGAUAUAUGGUAUAAUGUCAGACAGAAUAGGAAGGAAGCUGACGUUCUUCAUAUGUAUUGCUGUGACUCUUGUAUCUGGUUUGACUUCUCUUGUUGUAUCCAGUUUCACUGCGUUCGCUGUGUUACGACUGAUUAAUGGUUCACUGUAUCCAACAAUUUAUCAAACACCUUACAUUAUAUUGGUUGAACUCGUCGGGAAAGAAAAACGCACUCGUAUUCUGGGUAUUGGUUGUAUCUCGUGGACUAUAGGGAUUUGUCUGCUGCCGCUUAUAGCCUUUUUAACCCGCCAUUGGACAAUGUUUGGAUUCAUUACGACUUGCUCGUGUAUCCCUUUCUUCUUCUAUUGGAGGUUUUUGCCUGAAUCCCCUCGCUGGUUGGUGUCUGUUAAACGUUAUGAAGAAGCAGCAAUAAUUUUGACCAGAAUAGCCAGAACGAAUGGACGACCCGUACCUAUUGACCUUAUUAACAAGCUUAUAAAGAUAGAAGAAACAAUGAAAAAAGAGGUGGAAACAACGUACAACAUGACUGUUCUGUUUCGCUAUCCAACUCUGAGAAAACACUUUAUGAUUGUUACCCUAGUGUGGGUUUCCUGUAUGAUAUCCUACUUUAGUAUAAAGUUCAACACCACAAAUCUCUAUGGAAAUGAAUUUUUAAACUUCUUUCUACUCGGACUCGUUGAGUUACCUUCCUACUUUGUCUGUUGGUACCUUAUGGAAACGAUAGGGCGACGAUGGACAAACGUGAGCUUAGCACUAUUGGUUGCUCUUAGUCACUUUUUAUCAAUCCCAUUCACAGCAGAGUUAGCUAUCUACAAGACAUUUGGGGCCCUCGUGGGAAAGUUUUGCAGUUCUGCAUUAUUCAUGGUGGUGUAUCAACAGGCAGCGGAACUUUUUCCAACCCCUGUCAGGGCUCUAGGAAUGGGAGCCAGCGCUACCAUCAUAUGCAUAGCCACAGUUUGUGCUCCUUCUAUCAUCUAUUUGAGAACAUACGAAGGACACAUACCAGAACUUAUCAUCGGAGGAAUGUGUCUUGUAGCUUCCUUCGCGGCAACGUUUCUACCCGAAACUCUGCAUGCUAAAUUACCACAGACUAUAGAAGAUGGAGAAGAAUUUGGUGAAAAACAGAAGUAUCUUUCUUGCUUUGGAGCUGGAGUUCCAACCUCAAACGAUGAUGAUCCUGUUCUCGGACAAGAAAAGACGAGAAAAGGUUUCCCGACUGUAUAAUUUUGAAGCAUUUCUUAUCAAGUGAACUGAUAAAAGUUUUCGUUUUUUUUUUACCUAGUGGUUUUAUUUACAAGACUUUAUUUUAUUAUAUUUGUAUUCUCUAUUUACUUCCUCAUGCCCCUCCCCCCUCAGUGGCACAGCGGCACGUCUGCCGACUUACAACGCUAGAAACCGGGUUUCGAUACCCGUGGUGGGU